AUGGAGCAGCUCCCAACUGGUUCUGGUAUGGAGCAGCUCCCAACUGGUUCUGGUAUGGAGCAGCUCUCAACUGGUUCUGGUAUGGAGCAGCUCUCAACUGGUUCUGGUAAGGAGCAGCUCUCAACUGGUUCUGGUAUGGAGCAGCUCAACUGGUUCUGGUAUGGAGCAGCUCUCUACUGGUUUUGGCAUGGAGUAGCUCACAACUGGUUCUGGCAUGGAGCAGCUCAACUGGUUCUGGCAUGGAGCAGCUCUCAACUGGUUCCGGCAUUGAGCAGCUCUCAACUGGUUCUGGCAUGGAGCAGCUCAACUGGUUCCGGCAUGGAGCAGCUCCCAACUGGUUCUGGUAUGGAGCAGCUCCCAACUGGUUCUGGUAUGGAGCAGCUCUCAACUGGUUCUGGUAUGGAGCAGCUCUCAACUGGUUCUGGUAAGGAGCAGCUCUCAACUGGUUCUGGUAUGGAGCAGCUCAACUGGUUCUGGUAUGGAGCAGCUCUCAACUGGUUCUGGUAUGGAGCAGCUCUCAACUGGUUCUGGUAUGGAGCAGCUCACCGAAGAAUGACAUCAGUAGCCAGUAGGAAAGUGAACAACAACGGCCUGGUCUCGUUCCUCAGAGAGGUGUCUCAAUUCACCCCUGUAUCGUUUCCCAUCGCCGGAGACCGGAGGGUUGUGGCGCCGUUCUGGGCUGACGUGGACAACAGGCGGGCGGGGCAGGUCUUCUACCGGGAGAGUAAAGACCCGUCUGUCCUCCUGAGGGCCACAGUUGACGUCAAACGAUACUUCUCUGAGUUCCCAGAGUUCAGUGCGACGUGGAUCCUCAUCUCGACGUGGCACAAAGUCACCUUCUUUGGAGGAAGUGACAUCACACCGGUGAAUACGUUCCAGGUCAUACUGAUCACCAACGGAGAGGUAUCCUUCACCAUCUUCCAGUAUCAUGAGAUCACCUGGACCACAGGCAUGCACGCCAGCAGUGGAGGAGACCUGGCAGGGCUAGGAGGCAUCGCUGCACAGGCAGGUUUUAACGCUGGCGAUGGGAAACGCUACUUCAACAUCCCGGGGUCUCGUACUGAUGAUGUCGUGGAUGUGGAAGGAACCACCAAUGUGGGUUACCCCGGGAGAUGGGUGUUCCGGAUCGACAAUGCCCAGGUGGAGGUGGGCGGAUGCAACGACUCCGCGUCGGUGUGUCCACACCUUCGACCCUGUCUGAACGGAGGUCGCUGUAUAGACGACUGCAUCACCGGCAACCCUUCCUUCACCUGCUCUUGUCUGGCUGGCUUCACAGGACCCCGGUGCCAGAUAGAUGUAGAGGAGUGCUCGUCAUAUCCAUGUCAGAACGGAGGUACCUGCUCAGACCAGGUUAACGGCUUCAUCUGCCUGUGUCCACCUGGGUUUACAGGGACAGUCUGCCAAACAGAUGUAGAGGAGUGCUCGUCAUAUCCAUGUCAGAACGGAGGUACCUGCUCAGACCAGGUUAACGGCUUCAUCUGCCAGUGUCCACCUGGGUUUACAGGGACAGUCUGCCAAACAGACAUAGAUCAGUGUGUUUCCCAGCCGUGUCUGAAUGGAGGGGACUGUAGAGACCAGGUGAAUGGUUAUACCUGCGCCUGUCCUGCUGCCUUCACCGGGACACACUGUGAGACAGAGUUGGCGGUGGUCCGUGUGAAUUCAUCAUCUACUCCUCAAACUGAAAAUCGAACAGUGUCCUGUGAGGGGGAGGGCUGUGACAAACACCAGAUCUGUGAACACACCGGCUCUGGGAGUUACAACUGCACAUGUACCCAAGGAUUCUAUGGUGACAACUGUGAAGAGGAGUGUCUGUGCCAAAAUGGUGGCGUCUGUGUGGAAGUGAAUGGGACCUGUGACUGCUCCUCAGGCUUCACUGGACUCUACUGUCAGUUUGAGGUGACCCAGACCCCAUGCAGCAACAGCAGGCCGUGCCCUGACGGAGGACCCUGUCUGGAGUACGGAGGAACCUACCUGUGUACCUGUCAGACAGGUGUGGCAGACCUAGAUCACAGGGACUUCUAUCCUCCCUAUGUACAGCCUCGAUCGGUCUGUGAUUCGUCUCCGUGUCUGAACGGAGGUCAGUGCUAUGAGAGGGAUGGAGGCUACACCUGCGAGUGCAAGCAUGGAUACAGAGGGAAACACUGUGAGAAAGUCAGACUCAAUACCUGUGCCUCUGGCCUGUGUCGUAACGGAGGGUCCUGUAAAGAGGAGGCAGGGAGCUACCUGUGUGUCUGUCCAUACAGGUUCACUGGAAAACACUGUGAAGUGGGGAGGCCAGACCCCUGCUCCUCCAGUCCCUGUCUGAACGGAGGAACAUGUUUCCACUACAUCGGGAAGUACAAGUGUGAAUGUUCCGGAUCCUUCAGCGGGAGACACUGUGACAUCAGCAGGGGAUCAGCACACUCCACAGCAGACCUGGACUGUGGUCCCCCCCUGCAGGUGAAGCAUGCAGAGCUCCAGUUCUCCUCUACGUUGCCAGGCUCCAUGGCGCUGUACGUGUGCCACCCAGGAUACACCCCCAUGCCCAGGGCCACCCAGAGCAUCUGUGGGGGGCAGGGGGCCUGGAGCCAACCUCCUGUCUGCCAGGAGAUCAACGAGUGUUUGUCCCAGCCUUGUCUGAAUGGAGGGACAUGUCGGGACAGGGUGGCGACCUACCAGUGUGCAUGUGACCAAGGCUUCAGUGGAAACCACUGCCAGACAGAUGUGGAUGAGUGUGCGUCGGAGCCCUGUAAGCACGGAGGAACCUGUGAGGAUCAGCCUGGAUCCUACUACUGUCACUGCCAGCAGGGUUUCAUGGGACGAGACUGUGAAAUAGAGCAGGACGGGUGUGAGUCCAGCCUCUGUCUGAACGGCGGCGUGUGUCGUGGCUACAGGCGAAACCACCUGUGUGUCUGUAAAGAAGGUUUCUUCGGGGAUCGUUGUCAGUCGUUGGACAAUCCCUGUGUACUGCAGCCGUGUGGGAACAGAGGUCUCUGCCAGAGCAACAGGAGAGGGAACUACAGCUGUACUUGCAGAGUGGGUCACACAGGCAAGGACUGUGAGAGAGACCUGUUGCCUCCCUCUGGUCUGCAUGUAUUACGGGUGGAGGAGGAUGAGGUGGAGCUGCACUGGGACCUGCCGGCCCCUUCCUCUCAGAGCCUGUUCAGUGGCUUCGCUGUGACCUACGCCCCUCUGGGUCUCCCGGGCCGUGGCAGCGGAACCAGGAAGACCGACUUCCUGGACAAGAAGCAGUCCACCUAUCAGCUGCAGGGCCUGGUGCCCGGCCUGCUAUACAACAUCUCUACGUUCUCAGUGAAACGAAACACCAACAGCAACGACAUCAGCCAGCCAGCCAUCGCUCUCAUACGCACCCGGCCGCGGCGGGUGGACCAGCUGCAGGUUGUCAACGUAUCGUCCUCCCAGGUAUGGCUGAGGUGGCUGCUGCAGGCUGCUCAUCACGCAGCUGUCAGCCAGGUGCGCCUCUCCCUGGUCCCCUCAGACGACAGUGGAUCUCGUACCGCCCUGGUCAACACCAGUACCACGGAGUACGCAUUCAGCUCUCUGCUCCCUGGUCAGAUGUACACGGUGGACGUUCUAACUCAGAGUGGUAUCAGACCAGACGAGUCGCCGUCCACCAGUCACUCUGCUGGACCGCUGCAAAUCUGGACACGGCCCCUCCCCCCUCAGAACCUGUCUUUGGCACAUGUGACCUCCAACUCUGCCCUGGUGACGUGGGACCACCAUCCCAGGAACCUGCCAGACGGCUUCGUGGUCAAUGUGACACGAGGCCUGAGCACCCGGAGUCGCUUCCUACCCAAUGGGAAGUUAGAGACGUAUAACCUGAGAGAGCUUUCUCCGGGACAGCACUACCACCUAGCUCUCAUGGCUGUUAGGAACACGGGACAGGAACAGAUUCACAGCGUACCACAGCACCUGGCCUUCACCACAUUAUCGAUGGAGGAACGAUGGGGAGGGAGGACGAGGGGGAGACCGUCUGUCGUGGGCCAGGGAACCCCUGUGAGUCAUACGCUAGCCCCGUCUGAACCUCAGGACCUAGGGGUGGCUGGAGAGAGAGAGCUCUCUGAAGAGAUGCCCAGAUACACAGAGCUGAUUGAUGGUAGAGGGAAGAUAACAGCUAAGUUCAGAAAGGCCAUCAGACACCGCACUAAACCCGAGCCCCCGAUUCAGCUAGAGAGGAUGGAGGAGACAACCAAUAAAAUCAGCCUUGCACUAGAGAUCCAGAGGAAGGAGGAAGAGGAGGAGUCCAAGAGAAAACCUGAGUCGUCCCAGGACUGCCGGAGUCUGCCCUGCCUGAACGGGGGUACGUGUGCGAAGGGCGGCGACUCCUACAUCUGCGACUGCGUAGCCGGGUUCAAGGGCAGGCAGUGUGAGCUGUUCUGCCAGCGAGUGCCCCACCCGUGUACCCGCCUCUACUCUGAAACCAAGAGCGUGCCCGUCUGGGUGGGUGAAGUCUGCCAUUACCUGUAUAAAAUAACAUAUAAAGUCCAGCAGGAUAUUUGCUAUCGAGAGAUCUGUGGACCACCACUGCUUCCCAAGAAAAGCCCCAACAGAAGAACUAACAGACAACAUUAAUGAAAGCUAAUCUUGGAUGACCCAUGUUGACCCAUGUUGCCCAGAGAUUGGCCUAUUGGGUGACCCAUGUUGACCCAUGUUGCCCAGAGAUUGGCCUAUUGGGUGACCCAUGUUGACCCAUGUUGCUCAGAGAUUGACCUAUUGGAUGACCCAUGUUGACCCAUGUUGCCCAGAGAUUGACCUAUUGGAUGACCCAUACUGCCCAGAGAUUGACCUAUUGGGUGACCCAUGUUGACCCAUGUUGCCCAGAGAUUGACCUAUUGGAUGACCCAUGUUGCCCAGAGGUUGACCUGUUGGAUGACCCAUGUUAACCCAUGUUGCCCAGAGAUUGGCCUAUUGGAUGACCCAUGUUGCCCAGAGAUUGGCCUAUUGGGUGACCCAUGUUGCCCAGAGAUUGGCCUAUUGGAUGACCCAUGUUGACCCAUGUUGCCCAGAGAUUGGCCUAUUGGAUGACCCAUGUUGCCCAGAGAUUGGCCUAUUGGAUGACCCAUGUUGACCCCUGUUGCCCAGAGAUUGGCCUAUUGGAUGACCCAUGUUGCCCAGAGAUUGACAUAUUGGGUGACCCAUGUUGACCCAUGUUGCCCAGAGAUUGGCCUGUUGAAUGACCCAUGUUGCCCAGAGAUUGGCCUAUUGGAUGACCCAUGUUGACCCAUGUUGCCCAGAGAUUGGCCUGUUGAAUGACCCAUGUUGACCCAUGUUGCCCAGAGAUUGGCCUAUUGAAUGACCCAUGUUGACCCAUGUUGCCCAGAGAUUGGCCUGUAGGAUGACCCAUGUUGCCCAGAGAUUGGCCUAUUGGAUGACCUAUGUUGACACAUGUUGUCCAGAGAUUGGCCUGUAGGAUGACCCAUGUUGACCCAUGUUGCCCAGAGAUUGGCCUGUUGAAUGUCCCAUGUUGCCCAGAGAUUGGCCUAUUGGAUGACCCAUGUUGCCCAGAGGUUGACCUGUUGGAUGACCCAUGUUGACCCAUGUUGCCCAGAGAUUGGCCUGUUGGAUGACCCAUGUUGACCCAUGUUGCCCAGAGAUUGGCCUGUUGGAUGACCCAUGUUGACCCAUGUUGCCCCAUGUUGCCCAGAGAGUGGCCUGUUGGAUGACCCAUGUUGACCCAUGUUGCCCAGAGGUUGACAUAUUGGAUGACCCAUGUUGACCCAUUUUGCCCAGAGGUUGACCUAUUGGAUGACCCAUGUUGACCCAUGUUGCCCAGAGGUUGACCUAUUUGAUGACCCAUGUUGACCCAUGUUGCCCAGAGGUUGACCUGUUGGAUGACCCAUGUUGAUCCAUGUUGCCCAGAGAUUGGCCUGUUGGUAGACCCAUGUUGACCCAUGUUGCCCAGAGGUUGACCUGUUGGAUGACCCAUGAUGACCCAUGUUGCCCCAUGUUGCCCAGAGAUUGGCCUGUUGAAUGACCCUGUUGCCCAGAGAUUGGCCUGUUGGAUGACCCAUGUUGACCCAUGUUGCCCAGGGAUUGGCCUGUUGGAUGACCCAUGUUGACCCAUGUUGCCCAGAGGUUGGCCUGUUGGAUGACCCAUGUUGACCCAUGUUGCCCAGAGAUUGGCCUGUUGGAUGACCCAUGUUGACCCAUGUUGCCCAGAGGUUGACCUAUUGGAUGACCCAUGUUGACCCAUGUUGCCCAGAGGUUGACCUAUUGGAUGACCCAUGUUGACCCAUGUUGCCCAGAGGUUGACCUAUUGGAUGACCCAUGUUGACCCAUGUUGCCCAGAGGUUGACCUAUUGGAUGACCCAUGUUGACCCAUGUUGCCCAGAGGUUGACCUGUUGGAUGACCCAUGUUGACCCAUUUUGAUCCAUGUUGCCCAGAGAUUGGCCUGUUGGAUGACCCAUGUUGACCCAUGUUGCCCAGAGGUUGACCUGUUGGAUGAUCCAUGUUGACCCAUGUUGCCCAGAGGUUGACCUGUUGGAUGACCCAUGAUGACCCAUGUUGCCCCAUGUUGCCCAGAGAUUGGCCUGUUGAAUGACCCAUGUUGCCCAGAGAUUGGCCUGUUGGAUGACCCAUGUUGACCCAUGUUGCCCAUAGAUUGGCCUGUUGGAUGACCCAUGUUGACCCAUGUUGACCCAUGUUGUCCAGAGGUUGGCCUGUUGGAUGACCCAUGUUGACCCAUGUUGCCCAGAGAUUGGCCUGUUGGAUGACCCAUGUUGACCCAUGUUGCCCAGAGGUUGACCUAUUGGAUGGCCCAUGUUGACCCAUGUUGCCCAGAGGUUGACCUGUUGGAUGACCCAUGUUGAUCCAUGUUGCCCAGAGAUUGGCCUGUAGGAUGACCCAUGUUGACCCAUGUUGCCCAGAGGUUGACCUGUUGGAUGACCCAUGUUGACCCAUGUUGCCCAGAGAUUGGCCUGUUGAAUGACCCAUGUUGACCCAUGUUGCCCAGAGAUUGGCUUAUAGGAUGACCCAUGUUGCCCAGAGGUUGGCCUGUUGGAUGACCCAUGUUGACCCAUGUUGCCCAGAGAUUGGCCUGUUGGAUGACCCAUGUUGACCCAUGUUGCCCAGAGAUUGGCCUGUUGGAUGACCCAUGUUGCCCCAUGUUGCCCAGAGGUUGACCUGUUGUAGCCGCAGCUUGAAUGAGGAUUUGGAGGAAGCUAACAAGUGGAACACGAUUGCCCCCUACAACCAUCAAUGAGAUUUGGCCCCAGAAUCAUCAAUCAUUUCUAACUAUUCUAUGUCACAUUUUUUUUAAACAGAAUUUUCACUCAUGACGGAUGACAAAUGUACCAUAAACAGUUCACACCUGUGUAAAAUCAAAACAUUAUACAUACCUCAUGUCUCACAUACAGUGGGGCAAAAAAGUAUUUAGUCAGCCACCAAUUGUGCGAUUGGGAGAGGCCUGUAAUUUUCAUCAUAGGUACACUUCAACUAUGAC